CACACACAAGCACCUAUCCGUCCAUCCAACUACACAAGAAGCAGCGUAUACGCGUGCAUUAAUUUAGCCUUUUUUUGUUUCCUCGCUUUCCGGAGUACGAAACUCAGUACUCCGUUUGGUGUCCUUUUCCGGGUCGAUUUCCCGCACAAUAUGGACCUGUGAAGCGUCCACCAUUGUUUAGCAUCAUCGUUGAUCCUUACCAUCUCCCUCUCGCUCUCGGACUGCAUCCGCAAAUCCACAGUUUCACUCGGAUUGCAACAAGCAACACUUCCCCAAAAAAGGUACUGUUCGUGGCCUAAGGUGCAUUCGUGUUAGAUCCCCCCGCGUACACCUGAGCAGUGGCUGCAUUUGGAGGUGAAAUUGUGUGAAGUAGUGCCAAAUUUGGGUUGUGUUGUACGUCGUUGCCGUGGACGGUGGUCAACGAUCGAGCAGUGCUUUCCAAUCCAAGACCGCAAUCCCUGUGGCCUUUGGAAGCAGACGUGUAGAUGCAGUGGUUAAUAUUUUGGUACAUGUAUCGGGUAAUUGUGGUUAAAUCAUAGUAAGCCGUACAUUUCACUCUGGUGAUCGUUCGUCAGUGACCUGAAUGGUUGUGUGUAAUCGCAAAGGUGCAAAAGCAGCGGCCAGAAGAAGUGAAUAUUAGCGCUCAGUGCAACCACAAAAGAAGCUGUAAAGCAGUAAAAAACCCCCGACUCAAGGUUAAAAAGGCCGUGCACAAAUAUUUCGCUGACCAUAAAAAGAACCAGUUCUCGUGCAGCAGCGGGCGAUCCGUGUACGGAAGAUCCGGAGCUCGCAGAUCAACCCGAAAAGAAGCAGAGUGCAGAAAACGGCCGAAAAAGAAGCGCAGCAGCACGGGCAACACAAACAGGCGCUUCGAACAGAAACGGUCGAAGACGCUGAACUUCUUCUUCUCCAGGUAGUUAUGGAAUGAGGACGAAAGUCCAGGAGAAGAAAGGAAAAAUGUCAUCGGAUGAGCAGCAGCAGCAGCAGCAGAAUCAGCAACAGCAGCAGCAGCAGCAGCAGAACCAAAUUCCAAACAUUGCCGGCACGAUCCUUAUCGGCGGAAUCGGUGGCCUAGAUGGUGGCCAGCACAAGCAGGCACAAUCACAGCACAAUCAACACCUACCGCACCAGCAGCAUCAUCUGCACAGCUACACCCACAUACUACCUCACUUGCAUCAGUUCAGCACGAUGACCGGCUCGAACCCGGCCAGCCUGACCGGCGCUUCAUCGAAGCUACCGUCGAAAAGCUCACCGCUGGGACCGUCCCCGUUCCGGCAGCUGCUUCCGGUGACACUGUGCAUCAUAUCGUUCGCGACCGUGCUCAGCAUACUGAUUAUCUACAUGGACACUACGGAAAUACGCCACCAACAGUUCCGGCUGAACAUGUCGCGCGACUACGAUCUGAUGGGAGUCCCGCAAGACAACCCGGCACUCGUCAAGUACGUGCGGGACAUACACAUGAAAAAGUACCCGAUGACGUUCAUGCGCAACGCUAAUGCGCCGGCCGAGCAUCUGAACUUUACCGACCGGCACGAGCUGACACCGGAGAUGGCACACCUGAUAUCGGACCUGCUCGGCCGGAAGCGGUUCGGUACGUUCUUCCAAUCGCUGACCGGGAACAGUGACUCGAUGAUGACCGCACCGUGGCUGGCGGAGACGAUGAACUGGGGCGGCUACCUGGUGGAACCGGAUCCGCGUAAAUAUUUUUCGCUACGCAAACAGAACGCCUUCCGCUCGAACGUGCAGGUCAUUCAUGCGUGCCUGUCGCCCAACACCUACCCGAAGGAGGUGACGCUGCACCACGACGACGACAGUGAGGUGCAGAUUAACAGCGUGCUGGACGAGGAGACGGAAUGGUUUCACCCGCGGGUCAAGUGUUUCCCGGUCUACACGCUAAUGCUGGCCGUCAAUCGAACAUCGAUCGAUUUGCUCAGCCUUGGCUGCCACGGACAGGAACUGCAGAUCCUUCAAACCAUCCCGUUCGAUCGUGUACAUAUCAAGGUGAUUUCGAUUCACCUGGUGCAUUACUACGAGGAGGACGAGAUGAUGAUCGACGUGGACGAGUAUGUGCAAACGAUCGGGCGCUUCCUGAUGAGCAAAUCGUACAAGCUGGUACGCAGCAUGGACCGUAACUUUAUCUACCAGCAUCUAUCGGUGUUGUCGGCCGCCAAACAACGUCAACGGCAGCAGCAGCAACAGCAACCAUCCCUCCCGAUGGCCGACGGUGCACUGCCAUUGCUGCAACAGCAACCGGCCGCCAUUCCAGCACGGGGCAAUGCUAUCAGCUCGGGCGAGAAACCGGACGCUACGAUGGCAAUUCGCAAGGGUCAGGAUGUGAGCGGCAGCAACGGUGGUAACGGUGGUAAGCCGUCUGUCACACCGCCGUCGACCUCGACCACAACAGUAACGACCACCACCGCAGCCGCGAUGCCAGCCUCGUCUACGGAUGGCGUUAAAUUGGCGUUUAGCUCGGAACGGUUUGACAAGCUGAUGUUGCUGCGUGGCGGAGAUUCGGAACCGUUUGAUGGUGUGAGUUCGGCCGAUUCGAGUGCACAGGAAGAAUCAUCCAUCAUCGAUGAGGAGGUAAUUGAACAGCAGGACGACCAGCAACGCGACAAGGAGCUGAUGGACGAUGGUGAGCUGGAGCAACCGGCCAUGAUGGCUCAGCCGCUGGAGGAGAUCGAAGAUGGUUCGGUACGUGUCGCUGGUUCACCGCCACCACCGAUGGUCACGUCACUUAAGUGAGGAGUACAUCCGAGCGAGCGAACGAGAGAGAGCGAGCCAGUAAGCUUGUAUCGAAUUUUAUCAACUUAAAGCUACCAGUCCAGGCAUUCCACAUUUUCGCAUAUUGUUUACACCUUAGCUGGUAGAAUGGCGCAUACGCUUUUCACGGGAUGUUCCCGCACUGUCUUAAUAUUUUUCUUUCAGAUUUUAUAAUUUUUCACCCCUAGUUUUCAUAAUUGUUUUUGAUGCUGGCACGUGUACGGUGGGUCAUAGGAGAUCAGGCUGAAGUCAGGCGACAUUAGAAUACUGUGAACUCAGUAACGAAACAACAGUGAGCAAAGAAUGAGUGAGCAUGCAUUUAACUGUUUUUUUCCGGGAUACUAUAUCGUAACAGUUUUUUUCUCUUUUUUUAUUUCAAUUUCAUUACCGUUUGAUGUGAGGUAGAAAUCUAUUUUGAAUGUAAGAAAUGAACGUGAGGAUUUUAUUCGAAUCGUAAUCCUAGUACCAUACAAUAUGACCCGUUUUUUUUAAAGAUAGCAGCAUCAGCAGUAGAGUAAAAGUGCGUUAAAUGUGUUAUGAAAUUUAUCACAAAAAAACACAACUUUAAGGCAACUGAUUUGAAUUACAGAUUUUCGGAAGUUUGCCGAUUUGAAACAGGAGUGAAAUCCAAUCGAAAAAUGAAAAAAUAUUCCUUUAACUACAUUUAUUACCUUAUGCACUCGUUCGAAGCAUAUUUACAGCUAGUUACUAUUGAUGAAAGAGGGCGAACGUUUUUGUUAACUUUUCGAUGUAAAACUAUUGAAGGAACAAUAUAGUGAAAAAAGAGGCAGGACAGAAAAUCGGGCACGAUCGGUCGUGCUGUAUACCUUUCUAUAUCUAUACAUAUAUUUAUACACACACACACACUACUAUACAUCGUUAACGAUCUGCUCUCUGUAAUAGGGGUUUCUUGUUUCCUUGCAAAAGCGUCCGUAGUUGUGUGAUGGUAGACAGAACAAGAGAAACCGCGAAAUACGUUAAGACUAGUAUGUGUUCCGUGUAAAACUUUCCUUCGGUAGGCGAGAGACAAAAAAGCAAGAACUAUACUGAAAAGCGCUCAACACACGUGAUCUAACCAUAUCAGAACGCUGACUUGAUUCCUAUUUUUUAAAACGAUACCCCGAUUUUGCUCACAUUACGAAAUUCUGUCCAUCUCUGCAUUAGAAUGUUGGCGUUUGAAUCUCUUAACAGGUUGAAAAAAGAGCGAGAAGUAAUGUAGUUUUAUACAUUCUUAGCCAAUGGAUAUCGAUAUCGCUGCCUUUUUAGGGUGUCCGAGUUGGACGUUCCCCCUGGAUUUCCCCCUAAACCCCCGAAAUCCAUCCCUCUCUCACUCUCACUCUCUCUGUCUCUCUUUUUAUCGUUAAGCAAGUAUUAGCAGUAAGAGAAACGGGGUAUACCUUACCUACGAAACCGUACAUUACUGAUCAAUUGACGCGCAUCAUGAUGAGAACGAAAGGAACAAUCUCACGGGACAAUGUAAUAAAGACGAACGGAAACUCUAUCUUUUACUUUAA